AUGAUCUUCGAAUUUCGAAGAUGUAGUUUUCGCAAAAUCGGAGCAGCUGAUAUUCUCCGUGAUUCGCCGUCUGCCACCCUUCGACACCCUUCUAUGUAUCUUGUCUCAACUAUCCCUGCAAGAGCGGGUCAGAUUCCGGAAGCUGUGGGGGGGGGCACGUUUCGUUUUUGGUGCGAGAACAUUAACGCGCGACCCUACCCUACCACCCUCAGAAUGAGCCUUGCCCACUCGGACGCGGAGAAGCAACAGUCAGAGAAGCGCUCCUCCCAAGAGGUCGCCUUGACUCUGAAUCGGAACGAGACAGAAGCUCACCAACACACCCUCGAGUUCCCGGAUGGCGGUUUUCAAGCUUGGAGCACUGUUGUUGGAGCCUGGCUUGUCCUCUUCUCCACCUUCGGGUUUGCCUAUGCAUUUGGUGUCUUCGAAGACUACUACGUUCGGGUGUACCUUCCAGACAACAGUCCGAGUGCCAUCGCGUGGAUAGGCAGUGUGCAGUACAUGCUCCCAUACCUCCUGGCGCCGUUCGUUGGGCAGAUUUUCGACAGUGGGGGCUUUCAUAAGCUGCAAAUAUCUGGCGCAAUCCUGUUCACGUUCUCAGUGUUCAUGUUAUCUCUGGCGAAGCAAAAUAACUAUUACCAGAUCUUCCUCGCACAGGGAAUUGGUAUGGGCAUCGGACUCGCACUCACGUUCCUCCCUUCCGUCACGAUAGUAUUCCACCAUUUCAAGCGUCAUAGAGGGCUGGCAUCCGGGCUCGUCCUGAGCGGCUCCUCCAUCGGCGCCGCCGUUUUUCCGAUUAUGAUCAACCACCUUCUCCCUCGACUUGGCUUCGGUAACACUUUGCGUGCCUGUGGAGCUAUAAUCCCGCCCUGCCUUCUAGUGGGAAAUUGCCUCAUGCGCACCAGGCUCCCGCCUCAUGCAACACACAACCCCUUCGCACACGCAAAAUCCUUCUUCUCUGAGCCCGCCUAUGUUUUCUCCGUCUUCGCCGUCUUCGCGGGCUUCACUGGGCUGUACUUCCCGGUGGUAUACAUUCAACUCUUGAGUAUUCAACAUGGGCUCAGCACCCAUCUUGCGUUCUACGCCGUCACGAUGCUCAACGCCUUCGGAACGGUCUUCCGGCUCCUUGGCACGCACGCUGCAGACCGCUAUGGCCCGCUGGCCGUUAUGAUGGUCUGCUCUGUUGGCGCAGGCGGCAUGAUCUUCGCCAUGCUCGGAUUAACAAACGCGCCAUCGUUGGUUAUUAUCAGCUUGUUGUACGGCUCGUUCUACAGCACCUGGCUCGCACUCGGAUUCCCCUGUGUGGCUGUCCUAGCGAAAGGACCAGAAGAAAUUGGUGCCCGCGGCGGCAUCGCGCUCGCCUUUGGAAGUAUUGGCACGCUGAUAUCUGCGCCAAUCCAAGGCGCGCUCCUCACGAAGCAGUUUCAUUGGAUUCGCCCAAUUGUGUUCUCUGCGACUGUCGUGCUGGUAUCCGGUGUGGCCUGGGCGAUGACGCUGUGGUUACAUUCAAAACGGAUGAGGAGGGCGGCAAAGGAAUAA